AUGGUCGUGGAUUCCAAGGUGCUGCUCUACCCCGUGUUGUGGGCAAUCGCGAAGGUUGUCGCCCCCUCCAUGGACCUCACAAAUCACGUUCUUACGGCUACGCUGUUGAGGUAUGCCGUGAACCUCGGAUUUACAAGUUUGGCGCACAUUGAGAGCGUAUCCUACCACAGGCGCGUCAUCAACAAGAACCCUCCAGCCAAGCAGCUUGAUAGAGAGCUAGACUGGGACACUCCUGUGGUUGGCAGUGUGAUAGCGUUCAUUCUAGUCGAGAGGAUCGCGCCAUGGCUGUUGACCAACGCCACAGGCUUUUCCAUGACCAGCCUCAUACUUUGCAUCGUGGGGCAUUACGGCAUCGUGGAACCAGUUUACUGGGCGUUCCAUGUGGCGCUCCACUGGCCGAAGAUGUACCAGGGUUCGCACAGCCACCAUCAUUCCUCGAUUAUCACGGAGUCGGUCUCUGGCACUUCGCAUCCGUUGCUCGAGACAGCCGGCUAUUUGGCGAUCUUCUCAAUGCCAUUCUUGUUGCCUGCGUUCUACGGGCAUUUCUCGUAUGAGCUGGUGUACAUCUACUUCACAUUUUUCGACAUCAUGAAUUGCAUUGGCCACUGCAAUUUCGAGUGUGUCCCCGAGUGGCUGCAGUGGGGACCACUGAAAUAUUUGAUCUACUGCACAGCUUACCACUCGGAACAUCACACCAAGUUUCGGAAGAACUAUUGCCUGUUCUGCCCGCUAUGGGACUACCUGGGCAACACUGUGAGCAAGGACACAUACGCAUUGCAGAAGAAGAGCUUGAGCCGCAAGGGCUAUCAGAAGGUGGACGUAGUGUUCUUGGGCCAUGGUUUCGGAUGGAGCUCUAUCCUCCACAUGCCGAUGGUGAGCCCCUACCUGUCCACGCAGAAGGCGGGAGAUGUCAGGUGGUGGAUGUACCCGUUCUUUCCGUUCUGCGCGCUGGUGACCCUCGUGUGUCGUGCGUGCGUCCGAGUGAGCUUGACCAUGCAGCGUUACUCUUACAAGCACCUCGCGUGCGCCACGUGGGUGGUGCCUGUGCUCGCCUACAACUAUGCGUGUGGUAAGGAGUGGCCCUACAUCAACACGUUGUUGCUGAGGGCCAUCCGGGACGCGGACGAGCAGGGCGCAACGCACGUGGGCCUCGGGGCCCUGAACAAGGCGGUCUUCCUGAACGGCGGCGGGCGGAGCCUCCUGCCGCACCUCCCCGCGCACUCCCGGGUGAAGGUCGUCCACGGCAACACACUCACCGCGGCCGUGGUCUGCUUCCGGCUGCGGCAGUGCAUCCGGCCAGAGCAGGAGCUCGUGUUCACUGGCGCGACUUCGAUGGUGGGCACGCCCGUCGUGCUCAGGCUGCUGCAGGAGGGCUUCAAGAUCCGCGUCCUGACGCGCUCCGCGGCCCGCUUCGCCGAGCUGCACCGGAGAGCCGGCGCCGACGGCGCCCGGCUGCGCCAGAUCGAGCGCUACGAGGAGGGGGCGGACUGCCGCGUGUGGGUGCUCGGCACCAUGACGACCCGCCCGCUCGGAUGUCUCGUGCCAGCAGGCACCACGUUCUACGAGUUCGGUGUGCCGAUCUCGAACCCAGAGUUCCUGAGGCCGCACCGCGUGGUGAGCGUCGCCAGCCUGCGAGUGAACCGGCAGGUCUGCGACCUCACCUUCUGCCACGACCACAGCUCCGAGCAGAUGCCCUCCUGCCUGGCGGCGACCAUCAUCCACGGCCUCGAGGGCCACACGGAGCACGAGGUCGGCGAGGUGGACGUCGCGAAGAUGGACGGGUGGCUGCAGCUGGCCAGAAAGCACGGCUUCGACCUGAGCCUGCCGGAGGGGCGGCAGCCGGAGGGCGCGGUCUUCCCCAACCCGCAGGAGGCGGCCACGUUGGUCCGCCUGGCGGACGAGGUGGCACUCCUGAAGCGGCCUGACGCCAAGAUGGCGCUGUCCAUGGACCCCGACGCCACCAAGCGGGCCGCCGCUGACCUGUUGAGGGACGCCUCGAAGUCUUCGGCCAGCCACCCCAGGACGGAGGACGAGCCGCCGGCCAAGCGCCUGCGAGCGAGGCACGCGGAGCUGGCGGCCUCGCAGACGGCGCUGUCUGCCCCGGCGGAGCUCGUCGGCGGAGAGAAGCCGCCGAUCCGGGCGAACUUGAAGGUGGUGUCGGGGCUGUCGCCGAGGAGACACGCAGCCGAAAGUUCUCCGUCGCAGGCCCAGUCGACCGGCACGCCGGCGAGGGAGUACCGCAGCGCCUCGCUGUUCUGCUUCUCCCUCGUCAUCCCGGACUCCUACGAGCCGGCCCUGUUGCGGUUUCAGUACGCCGAGCGCGCGUCCAUCUUCGCAUGCGAAGGGCGCGCGGUCUACAGCAACCGGCCCGUCGACAUUGCCCCCGAGGUCAAGACCUCACUGGUCGAUACCAACCUGACGUGCAACAAAGGUGGGGAGUUCGGGACUGCGCUGAACUUGAAGAUCUUCCUCGCCGUGUGGACUGCGGUCCUGCGCGACGCGGAAUUCCAGUUCCACGGCUGGACCGUGAAGGUGGACCCGGACACCGUGUUCUUCCCGCGGCGACUGUUGGGAUUGCUGUCGAAUCACCACGAGCCCAGCGGGUCUGGCCUGUACCUCAACAACUGCAAGUACGGGCUGCACGGCCCGAUGGAGGUGCUCUCCCGCAAGGCCGUGCACGCUUGGGCGAUGGGUGCGUCAGAUUGCGUCGACCACUUCGCGAAGGUAUGCUCGGGAGACUGCUACUGGGGAGAGGACAUGUUCAUUGACCAGUGCCUGUCCAAGGUGCUCCACAUACGGCGCGAGAACGAAUUCAAGCUUCUCACGGAGGACCAUUGCGACGCUCCUCCAAACUGGAGGAAUGGAUGGCGAGGAGCCUGA